AACGCCAUGGGCUGUGUGGACGGUCGACUUGCUGCGUAGAGCUCAUCCGUGUUCAUAGACUAUUCCCACCCGUGGACACUCGUAAAGAUGUUCACUUCCAUGGUGGUGGGCCUACACCUGGCGACCUUACUUUCGGCAACCAAUGUGAGCGUCCUCCUCUCCGGCCUCCCAGUGAGGAGCCUUGCUACAGCCAACCUGACACUGGAGUCAUGCCAGGCAACCUCCCACGUCACCCAACUGAGGUGUGAGGUGCCUGUGGUGCAGGCGACGGCCCCGCCGGCUUUCAGGUUCCAGGAGGCGGUGAUACUUCGGGUGGCGGCGGAGGAGUGGGUGCCUCACAUAAGGGUGAUGGAGGAUCCUCCAGGCAACGUCACCAUCAGCGGACCCAUGGCUAACCUCCUCCAAACUCUGGCAGACGCUCUUCACUUCAGAUACACACUGGUGCGGCCGCCCGAUGGAGCCUGGGGCAUCCCUACUUCAGGAGGGGACUGGAACGGCAUGAUCGGCAUGGUCAAGAGGAAUGAGGCCGACCUCGCCCUGGGUCCCUUCGGACUAACGUACUCUAGGUCUCGCGUCGUAGACUUCUCUUCGCCCAUUCUCAUUGACUACUACCGCAUCCUGGUCCGACGGCCUCGGUCAGAGCCCGAACCACUUGGCUUCCUUAUGCCCUUCAGAUGGGCGGUGUGGGUGGUGUUGGUAGCGUGUGUGGGCGUGGUGGGCGUUGUUCUCUACUACGUCAGUAUGACCUACCAUCUCCUAGGACGCGGCGGGGUGAAGAUACCAGGGAGCGAACAUCUGCUGUUGUCUCACUGUUGGACUGUAUACAGUGCUCUCCUCGGAGCCCCAUUCAUGUGGAAGGUGGAGAGAGGGGUCGAGCGUGUGGUAGUGGCGACCUGGUGUAUCAUGUCCAUGAUCGUGGCCAGGUCCUACAGCUCGGCACUCACCUCCCUUCUCGCCGUCAGGACUGUCCCCGUAAAGUAUAACUACCUUAGGCAGAUCAUUGAUGAUCAUAAGAUCAACCUCAUCUUUGAGAAGGCAACUGCCCUAGUUGAACACAUGUCGACGGUGCAGCAGGGAAUCUACAAGGACCUGGCCGACACUAACCUAACAGGACGCGCGCACUUCCUGCCGUCGUCGAAGCUGUACGACGCAGCAUACAACAAGGUGCGAAACAAACCCUACGCUCUCCUCGUGGAAGAAACUACCUGCAAUAAGGUCUACUCCGAUGACUUCUCCAAAUAUGGACGCUGCGACUUCUAUAUCGGCAAGGAGCUGUAUUGGCCACUUAUUUUCGGCAUGAUAGGCCGCAAGGGGUCCCCCUUCCUGCCCGCCAUCAGUGAUAGGAUGGAGCGUCUAGCAUCUCACAACUUGUACUUCAAGUGGUUGGCAGAUGAGCUUCCCAACGCCACAGCUUGCCUAAGGGCUAGUACCCGCGUAACCACCGAUGAAGCCUACAGCCUACAGGGUCUCUGGGGUGUGUUUGUGUUAUUCACUGGAGGGAUGUUGAUGGCUGCUGUUGUAAUGUUAUGUGAAAUGGCUCCAAUCUGACUGAUAAAUUUUCACCACCUUCACCUGAAACCGGUCUGCUGUGGUUCCACCAUCUCAUCCAAUGAGAGUUUGCUGUGAUUACACAACUUACACCACCUCAACUGAUGCCAGUCUAUGACCAGGAUCUGAAACCACUGUCACCUCACAGCUGCUAGUGGACUGCAAAUGCCAUAAACACACCACCAUCACAUCUGUUGCUAAUAUGGUGUAGCAACUACCUUAGAAUGUUGUAGCCGUUUCAUCAGCACCUCAUGGCAUUGAAAUCAUUCUCAGAACAGCACAGCCAGUGGAAACAUUACCUCUUACCACCUUGGUCCUUGCCAUUUUACCAAAUAUACUUGGCUACAACCACCAUCUGUGACCAGCCUGCCAUCACUGGCACUCGAGAGCCUCACUUUACAGCUUGUAGUCACAACAGCAGCUACAGUACCCACCGUGCUCAUCACAGCUCAGCUAGGAGCAACACCACUGUCCCACAAGACUUGAUUACAGCCAUCUGACUUGGCUACAGCCACGCCUCAUCCAGAUGCUGUUAUACCAUACAACCACCGCUGCUGAAACCACUUACAUGGUUACCAUUUGCAUGAUUACACCAUACAGACGCGUGUCGUA